GCGGAGUACGCACGACUGGUUAACGAGUGGGCGGAUACUGGAGAUUGUGAUGCAACGGAAACUACAGACGGGCGCGUCCUACACACCUCCACCCGGCGACUACCAGGAUGUCAUACACCCAUCAACCGCACAAACACAAACACAAACACACACACAAACACACACAGAGCCACACACACACACCCAAAUACAACAGCAAGAGUAUGGUAUAUACACACAAUCAUCGCCAGCAAACGCGGUUGCGAAUAGCUCGCAGAUGAAUAUGAGCGUUCCUGACGCCGGCGUGCUUUCGUCUAUGAGCGUUGACUCCGGUGUGGCGCCAAGCCCUGAAGCACAUAGCAGUAUAGAAGACACAAGUACAGGCAUAGAGUCUAAUACACAGACGGACACAAGUAUACCAGAUGAAAACAACGCAACCUCAAUCACAACGUCAAGUAUAGAUAUAAACGGAAGCUUGGGAGCAAACGCUGAUGCAGUAUCCGUUAAUGACAGUGCAGAUGCUCUGACUACGAAGGCCGCACACAGCUCAGGAGCGCUCGGUGAUACUUCGGGUAUAGAACUCGCCGGCCCGGUGGUUACGAAUGAAGCGAGUACGAGUAGGUUAGGGGCAACCUCAACAGUGGACUCAUUGAGUUAUAAUACGAUACCACCUGUGGAUACACAAGGUGUUCGCAUGGAAGUACAGCAUACAGCCAGCCGAGUGCCGGUUGCAGAAGGUGUGCAAAAGGGAUUAUAGCGGGCCAUACACCAACGUGAAUACCCCGGUGAUAAUAAACAACGACACCAACCACACAGAGCAUA